ACUUGGGCAACAGUGUACCAAGGUUACCCCUGUGGACAACCCAUGUCGUAAACUCAUACAUCGCCCUUGAUUCACAACAAGGAAAUAGCAGAGGAUUUGGAAGACUAUCUAAAAAGCACAUAACAUCUACACCAUUCAAAGGAAGUAAACAGCAAAUGGAAAUGCCUGCAGAAAUAAAAGAUUACAUGGAACUAAAAUUUCAAGGAAUUGCUUCAUUUCAGGACAAGAAGAGGCUGCAAUCACUUGUUUCCAAUUUCUUCCAUAAAAUGGUUCAAAACUCCAUUCCAAUUGUUAGAGGUUAUGUAGAUGACAUUCAACUCGUCUCAUCUUCAUCUAAUAAACAAGAAAUUGACCCUACUGUUGGGAAUGAAAUGCAAUUUUCUACUCAAACAAAAAAGAAUGCAACAACUGAAGAAAUCAAGUCAGAAAUGGUUGUAUACAAACCGAAGAAAAAAGUUUCAGAAGAACAGAUGGAGCAAUUCUUCCAGAACAUGUUCCUUUUCCAUCAAAUUGAAGUCCCCAAGGACAACUACAAUACUAGCAUGGAUUUCAAACAAAUUCUACAUAAGUUCAGUAAAGGUUGUUCAAUUGGAGAAAAUUCUGAUGGUUUUGAUCUACCAAAUAAUUAUCCUGAUUACGAAUCAAGUUUGCUUCAUCCGAAAGACAUGGCAUCAACAAUCAUUUCAAAUGAUUCAUCCGUACUGAUUCUCUGA